UGCAAGGCUCGCUGCCCCUGCUGCAGAGACCUGUGCCACCAGGCAGGACCUCUGGGGGCUGGGGCCACCGAUCCCUAGCAGGGCAGCCCCAUCCCAAUACGGCGAGGCAGGCGACGCCCACACCCUGCUUCGCCUUCCCCUCUAGUCUGUCCUCCGGCGCUCGCCGUCGCCCGGCCUUGAAAGGGCGGGGCGCAGGCUGCGCCAGCCCCAAGAUGGCGGCGGCUUCGGCGGGUGGCACGUCCGAUGCCCAGGCGCGGUUCGGCCGCUCGGUGAAGGGGCUGCUGAUCGACAGGGUGACCGGCUGCGGCACCGACGUGAUCGCCCUCACCAAGCAGGUGCUGAAAGGCUCGCGGAGCUCCGAGCUCCUGGGUCAUGCGGCUAGAAACAUGGUGAUGCAAGAAGAUGCCAUCCUGCACUCAGAAGAUAGUCUAAGGAAGAUGGCUAUCAUAACCACUCAUCUCCAGUACCAACAAGAAGCUAUUCAGAAGAACGUUGAGCAUUCAUCAAAUCUGCAGGACCAGCUGUGUCACCUCCUGAAAUGAAGUAGGAGAACCGAAAUACCUAGCGGGAGCUGAUGGGACGACCUGUGUCGGUGGAGCUUCAGAGUCUCUUCCUCCUUCAGCAGUUACAUUGCAAGGCUGAGCUGUGCUGAAAGUCAGUUGUGAAAAUGCAGCGUAUAUGGUACUGAACGUGCAAGACUGUGGAUAGGCGUGGGACGGCUCUGUAACCUACUCAUCACAAUUUCUCCCUAUACCGAAGGCUAGAUCACUUGCUUGCGCUUAAUUUAAAGCAGACGUUACUAAAACCUUCCUGUGACUAGCACUGUUCAUGUCCAUUUUCUUUUCUGUGCAAAGUAUUAUUUGAAUAGGUGUUUUCCUCUCCCCAAGACAUUGCGUAUGCUCAGCUAAUGAAUCAAAGGCAAUGUGUGUUGUUUAUAUUCGGCCCAAUGCCAAACACGUGACUUAGGUCCCAUUCAAACCCGUAUAGCUUUCCCCGGGCCCUCUCCUCUAGGGUGAAUUCCCCUGUCUAUAAUUUCUGCUGAACAUGGAGCUUUUCUUCACAGAGUUAACAGGUGCGGUGACAGAGAUGCACUGCCCAGCAUUCUUCACACAAGUUUACAUUCCCCACCCGCAAAGUACAGAAAGCGGGGCCAGCAUUUUCACAUGGGAACCUACGUUCACACUUCGACACGUAAACAAUCUUCCUUUUUUUUUUUUUUUUUUUUUUUCCCCUGGAGAAUUGAGCAGCCACCACUAUGAGUUUGGUCAGUGGGAGCUGCAUACACAUGUCACCUUUGGAAAUCAGUUGCUUAAAUAUGGCUUUAGGUACCUAAUUUGGGCCAGAAUUUUCAAACCCAGGUGUGUAGGUACAUAUAGCAUCUGAUGACUUGCCUGGCCCUUUGUCACUUGAGUGUCAUGAAUGUCAUUAGCGCUGUACUGGUCCUUUGUCAUCUGUCCAAUAGGAUGUCUGUUUCAUGAAUGUCAUUAGCACUGUACUGUUCUUAAUUUUCUGUAUAUAAUCUAAAACACAGGGUUGGAAUGUUGUAUCUCUUGCCAGUACAUCUGCUGUCUGUUUUGGCCUUGAACUGCAUUCUUCCUAUUUCAUUGCUGUUUAUGGCUCUUGAUUAAGCAGCCUUGGAUUCACUAUGUAACUGUACAGAAUCAGUAAACUAUUCAGCUAUA